AUGGCUUUUGUGCACUCACCAGCGCUGAAGCCGGCUGUUCAAAGGAUUGCAGACCUCCUUGCGGAGGAAGGCGGCAACCAGAAGUUCAACAAACUGGUGGAUGUCGUGCUGGAGCAACUUGCUGUGGGACGGCUCGACUGGCAGCAGAUCUCCAGCAGCAUACCCUCCCUCGCGGCAGAUGCGCCCGCUGCAGAGGUCUUCGUGUCUUUGGGUUUUGAUGUUGAAGCCUUCGGCGGCAGUAGUUCCUACAUCGGAGAAGAUAAUGCUUCAACUAACUGCAUUGUCAUGAUGACGUUGGCGACAGGGAUGUUGGCUGUGAUGAUGGAGAAAGUUGGAGCUGUGAUGAAGACCAUCACUAUGGUGCUGUAUAAGACAUGA